AUAUUUUUAAAUUUUGUAGAUAAUAAUGUACUAUAGAGAGACGAGUCUUAUAUCAUACCUUUGAUCCGAAGACAAUCAAUCAUCUAUCUAUCUAUCUAUCUAACUCGGAAACCAUUGAUUGGAAGCAUUUUGAUCAAAAAGCAUCCUAAAAUUCCAGCCAAUUUGACCGAGAAUUAGCGUGUAGAAGACCUGUUCUAAUUUUCUAAUUGUUAAAAAACACUUUGGUGUAAGUCACCUAAUUUCCUUAAGUGGUAUAAAUUAAGUUAGAUACAUCAGCCACGUAAUACCUCCUACCAGGAGGAUCUAGAAAAGCAUCAACUUUCGAAUGGACAAUUAGUGAAGAGCGAAGAAGCCGAGUGUAUGAAAGUGGCCUGCUGCAGACAACGACAUGUGGGUGUACCUUUUCAUCAGCUUAUGUACUUUGCGCAGUGCUAGUGCGGAAUUUUCUUCUAAUUAUUUUUGUGCGGAUAUCAACCCCCAACAGACUAUGGUAGUGGAUCAGCUGAUGGGGAUGUGGUUCGUAAAAGAAAUCGCCAACCACCUAGACGAAAGACAUCAAGUGCUGAAGGAGAGGUCAUGCCCUAUCGUCCACAUCACAGAAGAUAAAGAUCCAGCUUUGCAAAUCACCCCGCUCCACAAGAACUAUAACUACGGAUACAAUUAUGGUCAAGGAUACACAUACGGCCCUCUAAACGCUCAGCAGCAACAAGAACUAAAACGACGUGAACAAAUCGAGCGGCAACUAGAGUACAAUAGAAAAGUCAUAUACGGCGAUCGCGAUCGAAACCCCUACAACACUGAUCGUUAUAACAAUGACAGAUACAACACUGAAAAAUAUAAUGCAGACCGUUACAACACUGAUCGUUACAAUACUGACCGAUACAACACUGAACGGUUGAAUCACCACCAUGGCAAGCAUAUUAUGAGGAUGAGACACUUGAGGUUACAUUGGGACGAAAACGGUGUCGAGAACACCGAGUUCAGAUUGAGGUACAAUGAGUCGAAGCCUGGGCUGUGGAUCAGUUCUGGACCUGAAACUGGAGGUGCCACGCUUUCCCCAGCAUUCAGCCACUUUGCUGGUACAAUUCAAGUUCUGAAAGUGGUAGGCGAUCAUAUGGUGCUCAAUUUUUGCCACCAGCUUCCAGAACGACAACUUUACACCGUAUUGCUAUCCAGACAACUAUUCCUGCCGAAAAAUGAAAUCCAGGGGGUGCAUAAUAUGCUGAACAGAAAAGGACUUAGUACUAAUUUUAUUACGCAAGUUUGCAAUGGUUGUAGUUUAAACUCCGCUUUUGCUGUUUUGAUAGCGCUAGUUGUAUUUGGCCAGGUGUUCUUGUAGCAGUUGGGGAAUACAUUUUUUUAAGCAAAUUACGCAAAAGGGAGAGAUAGCAAGGAAUACAGAGUUGUAAAUAAAAUGUAUUCGAAAAUGUGAGACAUUUCAGUUUCUAAAAGAUGAAAUAUUAAAACUGCAUUUUAAUACCUUUAACAUUUCGUCUCAGGGUCUUUUUAAUGUUUCGUGCCAGAGGUACUUUGGGAAGAUGUAAGCUGUACGGCUUAAGAAUCGAGUAACUACCAUAAUGAAUAUGUUAAAAAAUAAUUUAUAUUCUAUCAUGGCUAACUGGGCUAACCUACUUUUAAUAACAUAAAUAUUUUCACAGUGAAUCAGUUUGUUGUACACAUUAAAGGAUGAAAUGAUAACACAUUUUGGACUGAUGAAAACACAAUUAAUACCAUUUAAAGUAUGAUAUAAUCACUUCAACAGCAUAACAAUUUAUCUGAAUCAAAUUGUAAGCGUUUUUAUUAUUAUCUCUGGCAUGGCAAAUACGAUGCCGUAUCAUUUAGAUUGAAUAAACAUCGAAUUGUUCUGUCAAUUUGGAUAAUUACAUAUAAGGCUUCAUUCAUAUCGUCAUGAGAUUUUUAUGAAUAAAUGUCCGAGUUUGUACAUUUUACCUAGUUUUUUUGAGAAGUUAUGAUCAGUGCUGGCGAACCGAAAAGGACGAAAUCGGUAGACAGUGGCGUUGAAUUUUAGUAGACGUAUGUUUUUGCAUUGCACGCAGAUACACAAUACAGAUUUUUUGAGGGCAUCUAUUCCUGAAAAAAAUCUCAGGUUCUUUGUUACAACACAUCAUUAAAGCUCAUCUUGCCAUUCUCGUUUAUAAGAUUCUGAAUAUUUCCUGUUUCAUUCCUUACACUUUUAAUUUAAUAUUCAAUUGAAUACAGACGAGCUUUGAUUUCCUUAUUACUGUGCGAUAAUGACGGCGAUCUAGUAUGUACCUGUUGAACACAAACACCAAUAUAGGGAGAGCAGAAUAAGGGAUAAGAGUACCCUUCUCUAUGACUGGUAUGGGGCAUAAAACUAUAUAGACUAGAUAGAAUUCAUUUAUUGCUUUAUUUUUGGUUCCAGCUCUUUUUAUAUGAAAAUAUGGAAAUAUCUGAAUUUCUUUAAAAAAAUCGUGGACAAUGAGGACAAUUUCUAUAAACAAGGUUUCAUUUCGGUAGAAAUACCGAGAAAUCGAUUACAAAAUAUUGUAUCUUGGUACGAAUAUUAACACCCGCCCUCCGCCCCACCCCAGACGCAUCUCACAAUCCUGUCUUCAAUUGUCACAAGGCAUUCUACCUCUAAAUUACUACUAGGAUGUAAAAAAUGUCUGUCAAUAUUACGUCGGUGCCUAGUCUGCCCCUGGCGAUCUAUAUGAGUUUUGAGUUAAUUAUUUGCUACUUACCAAGAAAGGCUCCUACUGGUUACUAAGCUAUCAAAAUUUCGUUGGAUUAUGCAAUUUCGUUCAAGUGACCUAAUAAAAAGCAAAUUCUAGUAGCGUCCAGUAGAUGUCAGUAUCUCCGUAAAAGAGCACCGCAGGAAAUGUUUUUUAUAGGAACUUUUGGAAGUAUUUUUUGUGUACUAAAGGGUGUUCAGAUAAGGACGCUCGAAAGUUAAAAUGGAAAAAAAGGAAAAAAAUUUAAGUCAGCACUAAAAGUCUAUAUUGAUCGUAAAUAGCAUUCGACGACAUUAUGUAUGGAAAAUUAUAUCGUUUAAAUGGCCACCGCGACUGCGCUGUACAGCGUGCAUUCGCAUGGUCCAAUUUUCGAGCACUUUUCCGCACAUUUCAGCGUCUACCUGUCCGAGGACGCGAAUGAUGUUGGCCCUUAAUGCUGCAAUUGUUUGUGGCUUAUCCGCAUACACUUGAGACUUCACGUAGCCCCACAGGAAAAAGUCUAAAGGCGUUAUAUCGCACGAUCUUGGUGGCCAGUGCACAUCGCCGCCGCGCGAAAUAAUGAAACCGUUGAACUUUUCAUGCAGUAAAUCCAGCGUUGCGCGUGCGGUGUGGCACGUAGCGCCGUCCUGCUGGAACCAGAUGUCUGUUAGAUCCAUAUCGUCCAGUUGAGGCCACAGGAAAUCAUUAAUCAUGGCGCGAUACCGAUCUCCAUUGACCGUAAGCGCGUUGCCCAUAGCGUCCUCAAAAAAAUAUGGACCGAUUACGCCGCCAGCCCAGAAACCGCACCAUACAGUCACUUUAGCAGGAUGCAUAGCAAUUGAGCAAGUCACUUCAGGAUUUUGGUCAGCCCAUAUUCGGCAAUUCUGUUUAUUGGCAUACCCAUUCAUCCAGAAAUGCGCCUCGUCGCUGAAGAUGAUUUUUCGUGCAAAUGCAGGGUCGACUUGCAACUGCUCUAGAGCCCAUGCGGCAAAUGUACGGCGCUGUCCAUGGUCUUGCGGUUUCAAUUCUUGCGUCAAUUGAAUUUUGUACGCGUGCAAUUUCAAGUCUCGACGCAUAAUUGUCCAUGUUGAGGUCUUUGGAAGGGCAAGUUCUUGUGCACGUCGCCGCAAUGACUGAUUCGGGUCUAGACGCACGCUCUCUCGCACAGCAGCAAUAUUCGAUUGUUCUUAGUGUUCUUACUGUUCGUUGCCGUACGGGUGUUGUUUGGUCUGCCACUGAGCCAGUUCUCUCAAAUUUAUUGAGCAGACGUCGAAUAGUGGACUCAGCAGGACGGCCAUGCGCACCAUAAAUUGGACGCAAUGCGCGGAACGUUUCACGAACCGAACAUGUGUUUUGAUGAUAAAUUUUCACAAUUUCCACGCGUUGUUGAAUCGUGUACUGCUCCAUGAUUAAAUGUCAAGACUAACUUAAUAACCUCACAAAAUUUGACAGCUGUAUCCCUACCGGUUUGGGCGCGCGCGCCGUUCAAACAUCGAGCGUCCCUAUCUGAACACCCUAUAUAUGCGGCAUAUUCCCUGGUAUAGUGUAUAAUAUGGUUCGUGACCCAACAUGUCUGAAUACGAGAAAAAGUCAGCAUACAUAUAUUGGUAAUGAGUAGUUACAGAAUGUUUUCCUAACAAAUAUUGUGAGCAAUACGUGUGGAUCAACAGGAAAACCCGAUUUGAUCAUCAAGUCGAAGUGAUGUAAUUAUGUAUCGGAAAGCCACAUCAUGUGUUACGACUUAAGGCAGACGUAAUUUUAUCAGCUGUAUAUACAUCUACGAGUAAUACGACGAAUUUCAUACUUGAAAACAAUAGACAGUAAACAUAACCAUAGUGCAUUAAUAUCAGUGGCGUUUUUCAAAAAGAAAAUAUUAAAGUCUAAUUACUUGAACACACAAAAUUGCUCUACUCUAUACCUUCAUUAACUUAUUAUUUUAAUACUGAUACUGAUUGAAAAUUGUAUCAUGCUACUACAAAUUAAUUUUAAGAAUUUCAAUAUGAGUGUCAAAUGGAUAAUGUUAAAAGUAUGACUCGUUAUGUAGUCCUUCUUGAAUACCUCUACAAUAGGGAAAAUUGCUGCAUAUACAGUGGUGGGCGAUCGGUCUGGCGCCCCGUGAACGGUGUAAAAUGCUGGCUACGUUCUGGGCGAAAUUGGCAAGUUUUAGGUGAGCUAUUUAUUUAUUCAUCUCAAAAUUUGCCAAUCAUUAGAUAAUUGCAUGUUUCAAGUUUGGGUAAAGGGAUGCUUUGGAAGUGAAGGAUACCGACCUUCGGUUUUAAUAUUUUGACGGUGAUAAAAUUUUUGUUAGGGCUCUGAAUGUAGAGGUCCAUAAAAUUCCAGCACAGACCCAGAAGAACUGUAUCAUCUUUUUUUCUUGCUUUGCUAUCAAAUAUCCAUAGAUAUGUGUCACAAAUGUUGUGGAUGAUUUCAUAAAACUUAUAAUGUUUGUCCAUCAGAGCCGCCUUAAAACAAGCAUCUUGAUUCGAUAUGUACUUGAUGAUAGUCAUAAAAACACUAUCAAAUAAAAUAAAGAAAGUAUUUCCUGCAAGUACAGGGGGGUAAAACUACACUAUAAACGCAGCUUACGCAAGUAUCAUAUUACAAAGCAAACGACCUUGAUCAUAAAUAUAUUGAUGCGCUACUGUAUAUGUACUAUGAUUGAUCAUCCAAACAAAUAUUUCUAAGUAACAUUAAAACUGAAACGAAUUGGUGAACUGUAAGAUCGUCCAACAUUUUCCUGAAACACAACUGAUAGUUUUCUCAUUCUCACAAACGGAGUUUUCCCAAAUAACAUAUUGUUUAGUAAUUAUUAAAACUUGUAUAUUUUGUAAUGAUUGUAAAAUAUAUACUUAAGUUCGUGAAAGUUUUCCGAUAAAUAACAGUUUUGUAUUUUUUCUAAAUACGAAAUACGUUUAUAGAUCUGUUCGUACCUACAGCUGUCGCCAACCUGUCAGUGAUCGUGUCCAAGAUCCCGCCACACAAAUUCCAUUCAUUCUACUGCGCUAUAUAGACAGAAUUUACAAGGCCAGAUCCCAGACACUGUCACCGACAAGUCACCGACCACUGUACGAACAAACCGUAUAUGAAUUUCUCAUUCUAGCUUGUAUCUUGCAGGAACAAAUGUGUUGUACAGUUCUGUUGUUAUUCAUAGUAAAUAAAUUUGUUUGUUUUAAAAGAAA